AUGAUCAUCCAAUUCGUCAAUAUAUUAGAAGAGUUAUUGUAAAAGAUCAAUUUCAUCAAUUUCGAGAUUGACCUUUUUGUAAUUCUUCUCUAUAUGGUAAUCUAUUGUAUUAUUACUAGAUAAUUUGUACUCCAUUAGGAUUUGUAUUCCAUUUAAUCAAGAGUCCAACUGGAAGACUUUAUUAUAAUCUUUUUAUGGGAAUAUUCUUUUCUGUCAUUGUCUGCAAAGAAUGGUUUCCUAUAAUGUUAGGUUGGACAAUUGCUAUUUACUUUAUUGCAUAAAUCUUUAAAAAAUGUGCAUUACCGGUGUCUAUAGCUGCAUUUGGAAUUCUGUCAUUUGUUCAUAUCUAUAGACUAAUAUAUUAAUACUUAAGUUGGAGAAUGGACUAUAAUGCAAUUCAAAUGUUAUUGACAGCAAGAUACAUAUUUUAUGCUUGUGACAAAUAGGAUGGAAAAGUUGAAGGAAAAACUAAUUUUAUGAUGUAUUUAUCAUACAUUUUCAUGUUUCCUAACUUAGUAGUGGCUCCAAUUCCUUUUUAUGCUUUUGUUAGUUUGAUAGAAAGAAAAACUGAUUAUACACAUUAUUCUCCUAAAUUUGCCAUGAUUUCAUUCCUUAAGGCUAUAGCAGUGAGUAUGGCCGAAUUAUUAAUAAGACCUCACUUUGAUACAGAUUGGUUUUAUACUGAUGAAUGGAAGAAUCAAUAUAGUAUAUGGUUUAAAUUUGCAAUGUUCUUUAUUAUUACUCCAUGUGCUAGAUUCACUUAUAUAGCUGCCUUUUACUUUACAUAAGCAGCUAUGGAUGCUAUGGGAUUGACUUAUAAUGAUAAGACAAGUAUAAAUUAUUUAAUUUAUUUAUAGAAAAAAAUGAUCUAUGGGUUGUCUUUGAUUAUUCUUUUGAAUUAGAAAAGAAUGUAGUCAUUAAAACAUAAAAAUGGAAUUGUAAUAUUUAAAAUUGGCUAAAAUAUUGUUUCUAUGAUCGUCUCUUAAAGAGAUUUGGAAGUUUGACAUUUUAUUUAGUGUUUAUGAUUAGCAGUCUUUGGUAAAUUUUAUUAUUUACAAAAUUUUAGGCAUGGAUUCUAUCUUUCUUAUUAUUUAUUCUUUAUAUUUUGGGCAAUCACAGGAUAAGUCUACAAAUAUUUUUAUAAAGCUUAAAAAAGAUUUUAUUUGUAAAUUAUCUAUACUAAUUUUAAGCAUUCCAUAAACUAUUAGACAUAUCUUAGCUUGGGUAUUUGGAAUAUUAACAUUUGAUCAUUUUGCUACAGCUGUACGUGUGUUAGAAUGGGAGAAGGCAUUAGAAUUGCAUAAUAGUGUCUAUUGGAUUCCUCAUAUUAUUAUUUUGGUUAUUUUCUUAUUCUUCAACAUUACUUAAUUCGGCCAAAAGGAUGGAAGAUCAAAAAGUACAAAACCAAAAAAAGAGGAAUGAAUUUUGUUUUAUAGUAAGU